CCGAUUUCAGAGGACCCAAGUAACUGCGACACGUUGUUUUUUGCUGCGCUAGCAAAACACAAUCGGCGAAGUCGAAGCACCAUUUCCGCGCACAGCCCGUAGAUAUCGAGCCGCCGUAACACGGUGUGGGUAACCACUAGCAGACGGAGUAAUACAGAGACCGGCGAAAUGAGCGUGAUCGACAUCCUUACGCGAGUUGAUGCGAUCUGCAACAAGUACGACAAAUACGACGUCGAGAAGCAGAAGAAUCUCAAUGUCUCUGGUGACGACGCUUUCGCUCGCGGUUACGCCGCCAUCGACGCCGAAAUCGAAGCCGCUCUUGAGAAAGCGGAACUUGCUUCCAAGGAGAAAAGCAAAGCGUCCACUGUAGCUCUCAAUGCCGAGCUCCGUCGGACUAAGGCGAAAUUGCUGGAUGAGGUUCCAAAGUUGCAGAGGCUCGCAAUAAAGAAGAUAAAAGGCCUUUCGACAGAAGACCUUGCGGCCCGUAAUGACUUGGUUCUUGCAUUGCCAGAUAGAAUCCAAGCUAUUCCAGAUGGUGCUGCAGCUGCAGCAAAACAACCUGGAGGUUGGGGCCCCUCAGCUUCCCACACAGAAAUAAAAUUUGAUUCAGAUGGUCGGUUUGAUGAUGAAUACUUCCAAGAAUCUGAGCAGUCGAAUCAGUUUAGGCAGGAGUAUGAAACACGUAAGAGGAGGCAGGAUCAAGGUCUGGAGAUGAUUUCAGAAGGUUUGGAUACUUUGAAGAACAUGGCCCAUGACAUGAACGAGGAACUGGAUAGGCAAGUUCCUCUGGCUGACGAAAUCGAUUCCAAGGUGGACAAGGCUGCAUCUGACCUUAAGAACACCAAUGUUAGACUUAAGCACACUGUUACUCAGUUGAGAUCCAGCAGGAAUUUCUGCAUCGAUAUUGUUUUGUUGAUCAUAAUCUUAGGCAUUGCUGCUUAUUUGUACAAUGUACUGAAGAAGUGAAAGAAAAGGGGCACUGUUGAUGGAGACUCAUCUGACAUUAUGAUGAUGUUGGCUAUCCCUGGCACUGUAAUGUACUUCAAUGACUCCGCUUGCUUGCCUUUUUUGUUUGGUUUGUCAAUCAUGUUUAUGAGUUUUCUGGCUCCAAGUUGAGAAUGUACCUUUCUUGUGUAAAGAUCUCAGAACUCGGUCAUAUAUGUAUUCAUUUCCCUUCUUUCCUGUUCUUCCACAGUAAUUUGUUUCCAAAUCUAAUCUUCCCACACCAUUUCUAGCCUACAUGUAGAUUAAGUAAAAAUGGUCUAGAAGCAGAACUAGAAGCAGAAAAAUCACAAGUUCAAGAAAAGACAUCUUAUUUUAUGCCUCGGUGACAGUGAGGGUCACUAACUUGGAUAUGAUUUCCUUAUUAGAUCCUGGGCUGAGGACUCGUGUGCCUAGAGGUACAAUAUUUCUGAACAUUUUCUAGUUACCUGUGACUGUAAAUCUGAUCCCAAGCAAUCUGUACAAAAGGUAUAACUGGCUCAAGUGACAUGAAGCAUAUAAUUUGAUAAGUGAAACGUUCUAUUGAUUCUUCCUACAGCUCUGUUAUAUUUAGACCCUUCUCCUCCAAAUGGGGCUGGCUAUGUUGAUGUUGUGAUUGAUUCAUUACUCCUGAACCUUGAGGUUUGUAAGGAAUGCUGUUGGAAUUGAUCCUGGGAAAUGCACUAUCCGCAUGCCUGAUAAGAUCAACCACAUAUUUUAUUUCGUUUUGGAUAUUCGCCAUAUCUAUUUGAUUGUAAAGUAUUAGAGAUAUGGUAGCUCCCCCCAGAAAAUUCUGCUGUUACAAAUUUGUAGAAAUUCAAUGACCUGAUUUUUGUGGGCAGUAGUUGCUAGUGAUCUUCUGAAACAACUCUCAACAUAAAGGAGUUUUCCUUUUGCACUCAAAGAACCCUACUACGGAGUUAUGUACAUUACAUUGUAUGGUGGGUCCUUCUCUGGUGUCUAGUUGCUUGGGAAGCUUAAAGUUAUGAAGCUAUUCAUACUCUGCCUGAUUGGUUUUGCUGUAGAGCACCAUCAUUAGUAUUCUAAAACUCAUCGUCUCCGCAAAAGUUGAUGUCGAAGGUGUCUCCACAUAUAGAUAUCAUGGCGUCUUCGUCAAAAUCUCCAUUUUUAGGCUUCUUGCCUAGUGGUGCAGGAGGAAAAAUCUUGAGAUGCAAAUAUGUAGGGCAGCAUGGGGCACUCCUUGUACAGGCUCCUAGGGCUGCUGCACUUUUGCCUAACCCGGCAUAGGACCCAGUCGUCCAACUGCAAGGAAAGAAGGGAUUCUCAGUUUUUCACAGCAUAUCAAAUGGGCAAACAAAUAUCAAAUGAAGGGUUUUGUAUAUUAUUUACUUACCCUCAUAGACCCUUUUUGCCUGGCAGUGGAGACCGCGGUAUCAGGCAGUCUAUAUUCAUACAUGAUCCAGUCAGUUUUAAUUCCCUUAGGUGGGCGUCCUUUGUAGAACACAAGAGCUUUCUUAACACCCACACUUGCCAUUGCAGUAGAACUGAGAAUGGGUUUGUCAGUCCCGGUAGCCUUCCAGUACCCCGAACCUGCUGCCCUGUUCGGCCGGGCUCCAUUUGGGUACUUCCUGUCCCUUGGUGUGAAGAAGUACCAUUCGUCCUCUCCGAACAAAGCCUUCUCUGUUCGUUACAGAUACAUGGGAAAGUCGGAGUUGCCCGUUAGAAACUAGGAAUAGACAACACUUGCUUAUAGAAAAAAAGGAAAUGGAAGAAUGGAGAAUCGGCCUUCUGCAAUGAUAUUACAUACUUGGUAGCUCCCACGGGUCGAACUUGUAGAGAUCGAUCUCAGCAAUGAUGGAAGCCGGGAGAGGAGCCGAUCUGAUUCUGUUCUUCAAGUACUGUACUAUGAGUUCUUCGUCGGUCGGGUAGAAUCGAAACCCGGGCGGCAGAUGGAUAUCAGACCCGGAUUUCGUUUCCAUAAUGAAAGGUGAGAAGUAAGGUCUUUCUCUCUUUUUUUCUUCAGGAAAGAAAUUGCUAUGGAAAGAGGGUUUGUUGAGUUUGUAUGGAGUUGUGUUGGAGUCAAGGUGUAUUGUAUUUAUACAAGGCAUUGGUCUCCUUGUGCCGGCAUAGAAAAGGAAAAAAAAAAAAAGUGGAAAAGAUUAGUUUAUGAAAUGGUCCAAAGGUUCAAAGGAAGGAAGCAGGGAGGGAAGGUUUGUGGCAUUGGAAGUGACUGAAUCUUGUGGGCAACCUUUGGAAACGACAAUGGUGAAUGUGAAACUUUUUUUUUUUUAGGGGGUAAUUGGAGCUGGGCGUGUAACUAACUGGCUGGGUUCAGUUCACAUCCUCCCUCCUCCUAGGAUUAUGCUCUGUUUUGGCAGUAUCAUCGGACAAAAAGGGUUUGCUGUGGAGGAGAAAACUCUUUUGAGGCAGAGUGUGGGGGGAACAAGACAGGAGCUUGAUUGGUAACAGUGGGUUGAUGGAGCUGUUUUUAUCUUAAGCUGUGAACUAAGUUAAUGUUAUUUCUGUUGCCAGUAGGGUUUCCCAUCGUUUUCUCGUCCUCGACCACCUUAUCCUAGUCUAGUUUAAGAUAAAUUAAACUUAGGUUUUUUUUUGGCAUUUAGGAUUGUUCCCCUGUGUAGUUCAGGGUUCGCAUGAAUUCUAUUUAAUCAAAUACUGG